GCGUUUGGUCGUUACUCUUCAGUUUUAGCUACAGCCACUUUAAGUAGUACUGUUGCCUUUUACACUUACUCAACAACUACCACUGCACAAGCUACAACUAUGCGCGCUCCCGUCUUUUUCAUCUCUCAUGGAGGUCCAAAUCUUCUAGAAGAUAAAGAAAAGCCAGGCGACUUUUAUACUUGGUUUGGCAAGUACUUGAAGAAAGAACUGAAACCCAAGGCUAUCGUUCUUAUCAGUGCGCAUUGGCAAGGCACAGGCAAAAACGGCAUAUAUGUUGACAAUUCAGAAAAGCCAAAAUUGAUCUACGAUUUCUACAAUUUCCCUCAACGCUACUAUGAACAAACGUGGGAUCAGCAAGGUUCGCCUGAAUUAGCUGAAAAAGUCAUUGGCUUGUUGAAAAAGUCAGGAAUUAAUGCUUCUGGUCAACGCUAUGGAGCGGAUCAUGGUCUCUGGGUGCCAAUGAAACGCGCCAUGAAGUCCAACAAGGAUAUUCCGAUUAUUGAAAUAUCAACAUUCGGUCAUGAAGAUAUGGCCAUGCAUACGAAAAUGGGUGAAGCGCUUGCACCACUAAGAGAUGAAGGUGUUGUCAUUAUUGGUAGUGGUAGCGCAGUGCACAACUUACGGCUGCUAUGGUCCAAUAUGGACAAGCCAUCGCCUCAAUUCGUCGUGGAUUUCGAUAAGGAUAUGGAGAAGAUAGCAGUUGGGUCGACAGGUCAAGCACGAAAAGAGGCUGCCAAUCAACUGAGCCAACAUGGGGCGUUCCGACAAUGCCAUCCCACAGCAGAGCACCUGGUACCUUUCCAUGUGGCGUUAGGAGCUGCAGGCAGCGACGCAGGUGUAAAGCUUCUAGAGGACUACAUCGCAACUUUGGCAUGGGGAUCUUAUGGUUUUGGAUUGAGCAAGGAUACGGUGAUGCCCACUUACAAAAAUGUAAACAAGAUGGUGAACAACACUACUACUAGUACUAGUACGACAAGAGCAGCGACAACGACACCUGCUGGCGGCUUACCUCCGGUGCCCCUGGUUUUUCUCUUUGUGAUAAUACUCGCGUUUGUCAUAGCCCAAUGGAGAAGCUAGUAUUAUAAAAUGAUGCUGGUUGUCAUGAUUUUUAAGGAAAAGGAGACUUCUUCUUCUCUCUUAUAUUAUGUCGGGGCCAUUAAUAAGGGGUUGGGAAGAGGAGGGGUGAUUUGCUGGUUUAGCGAAGAAGUAAUACAGCACGUUGGAUUAGAGAGUCAGAAACAGGAGUGUGCAAGAUUGAAGAGGGGUAGAAAGAUUAUUGGAAGGAGUUGGUGAUGUUUUUUUAGCCUAGCUUGUUAGAAGCAUGGCUCAAACCACACACUGUGUUCACUCUCCACAGACAUGCCCUUCUCUUAUUUUCGUAUGUGCGUGUGCGUGUGCGUGGUGUGUGCUUGUGUGUGUGUGUGU